UGAGUCGAAUGCUGCCAUUAAUGGGGGCGGCAACCGUUCGAUUCCCCAUUGAUCUUUGCAACUACAUGUCUCUCUUUCUUCUUCUUCACUUUCUCUUUCUCUUAUAAUUUUUUCACUCUCUAUUUUUUGUUGCUGCAGAAACGGUGAAUUGAACCUCAAGCUGCUAGAUAAAUUAACCUUUGGUGCUUCGAGUUCCCAACAAAACUCUUCCUCUGUCUUUCGUUUUUGCUAUUAAACCUUUAGUUCAGUCUCUCAUUUCACUUGCAUUCACUGCUGCUAUAUCCUGUCUUCUCUCGUACACUUGUCCUUUCCCAUUCUUAUAGCUUUGAUUAAUUUCUUCUCUUUCUCUUUCUCUUUCUCUCUCUCUCUCUCUUUUAGCUAUGGAUUUUCCACCCAGUACUUCUCUUCAUUUGAGUCUUCCAAACAAUCAACUCAACCUCGAACUUGUUCUUGAACCAUCUUCUUCUUCUUCUUCAUCACCUCAGAGUCCAGCCGAGCCGCGAGUCUUCUCUUGCAACUAUUGCCAAAGAAAGUUCUAUAGUUCACAGGCUCUUGGGGGUCACCAGAAUGCCCACAAGCUUGAACGAACAUUGGCGAAAAAAAGCCGGGAGUUGAGCUCAGCUGUUAGGGCUCAUGGAGGGUCCAACCCAAGGCUAUCUGGGUCCGGCAUCAACGGUUCAAGCCACGUUCUACGUGUUCAUCAGCCGCCGGUAGCCGGGUUUCAACAUCAUCAGGGUCAUGUUGCAAGUUUUGGUGGAGAGAUGAAUUAUAGUUCAAGAGACGCGGUGAGUUCUUGGUCCAUGAACUAUAGAGCUGAAAAUGCUCAAGACGAGCUUAGCCCGCUUGACUUAUCAUUAAGGCUGUGAUCAGUGGCGCUUAAAUAUUCUAUUUGAAAUUGUAUUUUCAUUUCUAUGAUUAAUUAACUGAUGAAGUAUCUCAUAUGCAUAUAUUGUUUUAAUUAAGAGAAAAAAAAAAAAACGAGAGUGAUGUAUAACCCAAGUUGAUUAUUUAUUGAUCGAAGAACAAGUUCUUAGAACGAGCUCAAGGAAUUUUUUUUUUUUUGGUUCUGAUUAAGAGGUGUAUAAAUCUUUAAUUAUUAUCAGCUAAAUUUCUUCAACGUAUCAAUUUCUGCU